AUGGCUUCUGCUGCAUUGAUUGCGGUCCUCGUUGUACUCAUAGUCUUGGCGCUGGCGUCUAUUGAGGUCACCAUGUAUAUCACUCAUCGACGUCGACGUCAAAACAGAAGACAAGGGGUCAGCCACAAGAAGUCCUUGCCAUGGAGUACGUUGGGUAUCGCGUCGUCCAUACCGCCACAGGUGCUUGACAUUGUGAAUGCGCCGCGACCUCCCUCUCCUUCACAUAUAAUACCACGAUCCGAUCCGGAGGCAUGUCAAGUGCUGGAUAGGCCUGUAACAUCAUCAGGUAUCACUGCCCUCAACCCGUAUACACCACCGCCACCGCCACCCGUCAUCCCGCGGCUACCUCUGCCCGCUCCUCUUGUCAUACCCUGGCCAAACGAGAAGGAGCGCAUCGAUACCGUCUCGCUCACUUCCACCACCCGCCCGCCAAGCUACAGCCAAGUCGACGUCAGCCCAUUGAGUCCACGAUACACGCUCGUCAUGCGCGGACAGUGGCCCUCGCCGGUGUCUCCGAGACCGCCGUCGCUUGCGCCGCCCAGACCGGGGAUGAGAGUGAACUCUAUACCUUCUCCGUCAAUUAGCAUCGCACAGCGGUUUUCAAGCGCACUACCGACCGCUUCUGUUGUGCCUGGAGCGGCGACCUCCGUCUAG